AUGACUUCCAAAGAAGAACCCAAGCCCUCCUCGGGGGAAGAACGGCGACGGAGCCCCUUGGAUCACCUCCCACCGCCGGCCAACUCCAACAAACCCCUCACCCCCUUCAGCAUCGAGGACAUCCUCAACAAGCCCUCGGUGCGGAGGAGUUACACCCUCUGCGGAACGGCACACCUCCUGUCCGCUGCGGAGAAGCACCCCCCGGCCGGGCUGCCCCUCUCCGGCCGGGCGCUGCUUUCCCAGACCUCGCCCCUCUGCGCCCUGGAAGAGCUGGCCAGCAAGACCUUCAAGGUGGAAGUCAGCGUGCUGCAGGCGGCCGAAGGUAGGACGGGGAUGACGAUCUUCGGGCAGCGGCAAACGCCGAAGAAGCGUCGGAAGUCGCGGACGGCCUUCACCAACCAUCAGAUCUACGAGCUGGAGAAGCGGUUCCUCUACCAAAAAUACCUGUCGCCGGCGGACCGGGACCAGAUCGCCCAGCAGCUGGGGCUCACCAACGCCCAGGUCAUCACCUGGUAGAACCGCCGCGCCAAGCUCAAGAGAGACCUGGAGGAGAUGAAGGCCGACGUGGAAUCGGAAAAGCUGGGCCCUAACCCCGCCGUGGACAUCGUGGCCUUGGCUGAGCUGGAGCCCAGCGCCGAGGGAAGGGGCAAGGCGCGGCCCGGGUCCCCGCCGCCGCCCCCCGCCGCCACCCGGGCCCGGUGCCCCGCCACCCCCCGCCCCGCCUCGCCCCCCACGGAGCGGCCCCGCAGCCGCCGGACAGCAGGAGAGGAGGAGGAGGAGGAGGAGACGUGGAUCGACGUGGAUGACUGA